AAGCUCCUUAUUUGAUCUCUCCUUGGGAAAAUGGAUUCCAGGGCGCUGUCAGAGAUGCAUUUCUGUAAAAAGCUCUUCACUGCUGCCUUGUGUGUCUUAGUUGUGCUGCCAGAUUUGGGCUGUGCGAGGAGUCUCUGGAAGCGUGCUCUGCAUCUGAAAGUGACGGAGAAAUACGAUGAUUAUGAGUACCCUCUUCAUUCUCACAGUUCCCACUACCAGAAGAACGACCGGUGCCCGCCGCCGCCGCAGACGCUGCCCGCCGGGGCCUGCGAGGUGCCCAGCUGCCGCUCCGACUCCGAGUGCGAGAGGCACAAGCGCUGCUGCUACAACGGCUGCAUCUACGCCUGCCUGGAGUCUGUGCAGCCACCCCCAGUUUUAGACUGGUUGGUUCAGCCCAAACCUCGCUGGCUGGGAGGAAAUGGGUGGCUUUUGGAUGGCCCAGAGGAAGUCUUACAAGCUGAGGCCUGCAGUACCACUGAAGAUGGAGAUGAGCCCCUGCAUUGCCCCACAGGGUAUGAAUGUCACAUCAUCAACCCAGGUAACACAGCUGAAGGAAUCCCUAACAGGGGCCAGUGCAUCAAGCUCCGUGGAAAUCCAGAUGGACGCAAUCUGAGGCAUAAGUAUUACAAGGAAUAUUUUGGGAGCAAUUCCAACAACGUGGUUGGCUAUGUGAAAAGCCAGCAGAAGCAUUUAGGAUAAUCAAAGGUGUGCCUGGCUGGACCACUCUGUUAAGCAGCUGUCAAGGAAUGCUUUACCCAACAGUUUUCUGUGUUGGAAGAACUCUGGUUCCAAAUCUCCACAAGCACGUCUCAGCAUUACCCUGAUCCCUGCCCAUCAGGGAUGAAAAGACUUUGCUAUUGAAGGAACAGGAUGAGCCUACAUCUUAAAUCUAUCAGGAGGGUGAGAAAUGUGAUCCCCUCAGAGAAACCACGCCAUUUAUGAGCUGCCCUUCUACCACUGAAAUGCAAAUACCUCCAAGCAGUUCCCUGCAAGCCACAGCAGCAUUAUCAUGCUGCUGGAACAGCCCCUGACCUUUAUGUGUGUUACAUGAGUGAUUCAGAUUGCAGAAUCAUGAACAUAAAUCAGUAUUAUAAAAAUGAAGUGAUGUCAGAACCUAAAUAUCAUAUCUAAAGCUGCAUUCAAAUAGGCAGGACUCUAAGGCUAAAGGGGCUCAAAUCCAGUGCCUGCCUAUCUUGAACAACUACUUUAAAGCAGCCUUUCAUAAGCUUAAAGUUCAAAGAAACCUGCAGAUGUCUUCUUUUCCUAUUUCUGCUUUCUGAGGUUCAGCAGGUUUGACACCCAGCCUACAGACCUAAACCUGAAAUCUUAAGAUUUUGAGGAACUCUGAGUUAGGAGCAUGGUUUUAUGCAUGAGUUGUUUGAAGUUACUUUCCUUUAGCUUCUCAGACCAAUGAGCUGCAGAUCGAGAGCUAGAAUAGAGUGGAACAGAUUCCUUUCUACAGUAUCUAAGCAGACACACAUGCUUGCCAGUGUUUUUAUGCUGUUGUUUUAGCCAGCACAGUUAACACUCACAAAAUGUACUUCUGUGGUUUUGUACCUGCAGAACCUCAGCAAGAGAGCCAAAGUCUGGAUUAUUUGUGGCACAUGUUAGAGGAGAAAAAGCAGGAUGAAUGUUUGUGAUUAGAAGGAUUUUCUGGCAGAUGGGCAACUGCUCUUUAGAACUCCUCUAACUUUAUGUUGACUUCCAUAAAUCCUUAAGGUCAAGUUAUUUGUGUUUGGGUCUUACAGCAUCUUUUAGCUGUUUGGCAUCAUAAAAUGGAAACCACAUCUUCUAUUAGUGGUUUCCUUUUCUGUGGCAGUCCUAAAGGGACAGUUGCAUUUCCUUUUGAGAAACCUGCCAGAACUGCUAGGUGAAAGCAGCCGUGUUUGCUCCCGUGUUCAGUGUGUGUCCCCAUCUGCAUGCAUAAGAUGAGCAUUUUAAUAUGCAGAGUAGUAGCAGUGUGUAUAAAUACCCAAUUCACAAAUGCAAGUGCCUGCUUCCACCCACAAACUAUGGGAUAUAUUUUUUUUUCCACUCACCAAAUGGUUUAAGCCAGAGCUACGGCGCCUAUAAAACACUUGAUACUUUGCAUGUGACAUUUGCAGCUGGAGAGAUGAAAGAGGCCAAACUGCUCUUCUGUUUCCUAUCAGAACAGGCAUACCCCUCCAUGCUUUACAGAGCCAAGGAACAGAUGAAGGCCUCCACAUUUUCCUAAAUAUCUUCAUUUGUUGAACUCCAUUCACUUCUUUGUGCCUUUGCUCCAAGUUCCAGGUAUUAAACGCAACACCCAAGUCAGAUCUAUCUCUAGUGUGUUAUCACAAACAGCUUCGUACAAGAGUAUAGUAACUCCUGCAGAGAGACAGGACUCCAUCCAUAUUUUAUAGUUCCAGUGUCAGUUUGGGCCAGAAACUUGCUGCUUUGCUACUGAUGUUAAAGCAACACAGCUGCAAAUGAAAGCCUCAUGCAGCCUUGCUCUGAGGUGCUGCUCAGUGACAUGGAUUGAGUUGGUUUUUUUUCAACUUCACUUUUUGCAGAAAAAUCCCAUGAGCCAAACCCUUCAGUAGUCACCAAUAAACCCCAAAGACUAAAUGCCAAACUGUUCUACUUUAAAAUUAAGAAUUCAGCACUUAAAAACCUGUGAGGAUCUACUUGGAAAAAAAAACUUGCCUUGAGCAUUAUCAAAUUUGCAAGAUUAAAAGUUCAGAUCUCAACCUAAUCUCACCAGGCAUCCAAAUAUGUGCUUCAUUUGAGUGGACACAUUCACUUUAGUGGCUGUAUUUUCAUAGCUACAAAAGCACAGACCUGCCAACCUUCCUGGCUGGGAUGGGAAAAGUAUUUUCUACUUGUUAUUUAAACAAAGAAAACUGACAAAUUAAUACUUUGUUGAUGAAUUUCUGUUUACUGGGUGUUCUCAAAGACAUCACCCUUCCUCAUGGUGCUAGAAUGCUUGGAGUGGUUUUUUUUCAAGUCAUUUCAAGUUAUUAAUUGUCAAACUCAGAAACAAAAGCCCCAGAAGAGAUUUGUCCAAAUGCUGUGUUUUCAACACCAACAUCCAUCACACGGUGAAACGCAAACUCAGACCAAACGAGUUUUCCUCAGCUCAUCUUCUCCCCAAAGACAAACAGCUUCACAACAGCCUUGUGAAGCACAGUAGGGAAUUACCCUUGUAGGUUGUUUUUUUGAAUGUUUCCAUGUACACUUUACAGCAUGUUUGGUGCUAUGAUAAACUUUACAUGUAUCACUGUGUGCUAAUGAUGCCCGUGGCCCUCCAGCCCCUCAGGCACUUCUGGUGCUGCCCCAGGCAGUCACUGCCUGAUUCGUGUCCCUGGUGCUUGGCCAUGGACAGGUUCUGCCACUUUGGUGCUCAAUAAAA